AUGGCUUCAGGCCUUGGCAGUUGCAUUGGAUUCUUGGUUAACAUCAAUGAAAACCACUGGAUUACAGUCAUCAUUGACUUUGAAUCCUCUACAAUCUUCUAUGAAUACCCCUUGAUCACAGCUUCACAAGUGAGGAUUGGCAAGCUCAAAGUCAUGGUAGAUGUGAUUGACCCACACCUCAAUCAGAAUUCCAUAUUGGCUAGCAAAGUUGAUGUUGACUUACCUAUUCUGACUGCCAACAACCAAGAGUUAGAGAAAUCAAGCACCCUGGUCAAAUUGAGCUUAACCAUGCAUGAAUCAGAGACAUUGGCCAUUCUAUUCAAAAAGAAACCACAUACCAAAGAGUCAUGCCAAUUAGCUCAGGAGUAUCAGGAGAUGGCAGACCAAAGGCAGCAAAUGGUGGUUAGAGAAGAGAAUAAGAAAAAGCAGCAGAAACAUUGCCAGCAGCAGUGUCAGGACAAAAUUGUGAGGGGUGAGCAAAGUCCUGGAGGGACCAAGUGGAAUCUCAAGAAUUAUCAAGACCCAAUCAAGCUGCAAGAGAAUCAGAAAGACCUGAUAAUUUUUAAAGGCCUUGCACAAUCAACAGUUAAGGGCUGGAUCAAUCAUAUAGGAAAGCCAAGAUGGGUACAUGCCGCAGUUCAUAUGGCAGAGCUGGGUAAUCAUCAGGGCCACUUGAAAGGAGGUACAAAGGGGAUCUUGAUGAAUUACCCAGCUGUUGAGCAAGUUAUCAUCAAGUGUUUGGAAGGACUCUGGGAAGGUGGAGUCAUGCUUACCCUUGUGACCAUUUGA